GACAUCAUGAAUACGAAAAUGAUCACCUUUGGAUUUCAUCUGAUGCAGUUGACCAGCAGCAGCGUCAGAGUUCUUUCCCACAACAAUCGAAGUCACAAAAAAUAAAGUAAAAAUAUAUUUAGAGACAGUUUUGGAAUUCGGUGUUCAAUACAAAACCCCAGGUGUAAACGAGCUAACUUGAGACGCACAACUUUAUUUAAGAAAGUUUUAGCAAUGUUUUCGACUCGCGUAGUGACUGUGUUAUUCUGUGCUCUUACGUUUGUAAACGUUAGCCAAAGUGGAGAAAGCCAACAUAAGGCGUCAUUUUUAAAGUUAGCAACCUGCCAAGAAUAUGACAUCGAGUCGACAUCAUGUCAACAUUAUUUUCCCGUCGACGUUUUUAAGAAUCAUAGAACGGACGAAUACAAGCUUUAUCUAAAGUUCUAUGUGAUGACUGGACAUGACGCGAAUAUUGUACUCUCGAGUUCACUAAAGAAAUCUGAUAUCCAGUAUAUAAUCGUGGUUGGCGGGGGAGGUAACACAUACUCAUGGCUUAGAAAUGGAACUGACACGACAGUAGGAUUGGACAGCCGAAUGGUGGGAAUCCUCUCCCCGCUUUGGCCCGCCACAAUAAUUGUUCGACAGAAAUAUGGUGGGCAGUUAGAGGUGGCAGUCCCAGGCGUGGCAGACCCUCUUCUGAGGGCUGAAGCAGCUGACCUGGAAGUGCAAUCAGUUUGCCUGUUUGCAUGGGAUAAUCAGAGUCGCUGGUUUUACAACUGUUCUGACCAAGAAGAUCACUGUUUGGCAAUACGUGAAAAUUGCGCUCAGCCUGUUUCAAACAAAAGUCAAUAACCUACAGACAACUUCAAUGUUAAAAUAGAAGUUAGAGAUUAAGUGCAUCCAUUUGAAAUAAAAAGAAUUAAUUUUGCG